GAACGCUCCGCGACGACCACGACCACGAGACGACGAGCUCGCGAGCUGCGCCGGGUGAUCGCGAGGGGGAAGAAAAUAUCUUGGACGCGUGGCUGUGCUGUGCAGAGCCUGCGCGGGAUAUCCGUUGCAGCCUCGUCCCGCGACCUCCUCUGCCGAUGGCGGCCGCGGUCACCGCGCCACCGUCUGUCCCCCGCGCGUCCCCGCGGCGGGGGCGCCGCGCCGCCGGCCUGUCGUCGCUCAUCCGCCCGCCCGCGCUCGCGCCGGGAGCACGCCUGUCGUCCUCUCUGACUAGACCUCGCAGCUGGGACGUCGCCCGGCGCUGCAGCAGCCGGACCGAGGUGGCGGCGAACGUCGACGACGACGAGGCGUGCGAGCUGGUGAGCGGCGCCGACCUCGUCAUCGGCGGCGACGGCGACGACGACGACGACGGGGAGAGCGUCCGCGCGUACCUUCUCAAGGCCGUCAAGAACAACAACGGCACCGGCGUGCUCCUCCUCUCCGACGUGUUCGGCUUCGAGGACUCCGCCACCCGCGACUUCGCCUACCGCGUCGCGUGCCACGGCUACAAUGUCCUUGUGCCGGACCUGUUCCGGGGUAGCCCGUGGAAGAAGACGGAGAAGGACGGCUUCGAGGCGUGGCUGGCCGGGCACGCGCCGGAGAGGGUGUCGGGCGACAUCGACGCUUGCACCAAGUGGCUGGUGGACGAGUUCACGGCAGCGGGGGUGUCCAAGAAGCUCGGCAUGAUCGGGUUCUGCUACGGAGGCGGCCGCCUGGUGGAGACGCUGGUGCGCGACGGCGGCGCCGGCUACAGCGCGGGCGUCUGCUUCUACGGGUCCCGGAUGGACGCGUCGCUGGCGCCGCGGCUCGCCGCGCCCGUGCUGUUCGUCUGCGGCGACGGGGACCCGCUGUGCGCCGUGGAGACCGUGCGGGAGAUGGAGUCCCGCGCCAGGGGCGCCAAGGCCGUGGUGUACGCCGGCAGGGGCCACGCGUUCGCGCACCGGCCGCAGUCGCUGGAGGACGACGGCGACGCCGAGGACGCGUUCGCGCUCAUGCGCGGCUGGCUCCACGACCACCUCCUCGCCUGAUACUGGUGAUCGAUCCAGCCAGCCGUUCGCGCGUAGAGUUUGGACAGGGUUCUAUUGAGACAUCAAGCACUACUCCUACGUUACUGUUUGUGCAAAUUUUUUGAAAAACCAACCGGUUAACCCAGCGACUCUGUAUUAAGCUGAGAAGCAUUAUGUAUAACCCGUAUUAGAUAUGGCCGAUCGCUCUCCUUAUCGGAUUGCUUGAACCAGAAGGAGAAAAGGAAAGAGAAAACUAAAAAAGGCUACGGGUGGACUAACGCAAUAAUCUCGCCAUAUCCUUCGCUCCACAGAACGCUCAGGUUCUGAUUUCGUCUAUGAUUUUUUCCAACAAUUCUUUGUGGCUUCUCUCUUCUCCCUGAAACACUCUUCUAUUGUGUUCGCACAUCUCCUAGGCUACUAGAAUCUGCAAGCUUCUCAAUCCUUUUCUUGUUGUCUUGUCGCUGGCUUGCGUUCUGCUAUACCACGAAUCAAGGAGAAACUGUUUUCGUUACUGGUUAUGCAUUUGCCAUGUGUGGUUUACUCGGUCUGCUAAGCACGCCCAGAUCUGGCGAACAAAUGAACAAUCUUUGAAUAGGUGUUGCGGGGUUUCAAGGUUCCUGUAGCAUAACUAGCAAAAGUAACAGUUAGGCCAGCCCCUGAUUUGCAGUCUGUCGGCAGUCCAUAUCUUGUUUUGCAGAAGUAGCCAAGUGAAAAACUUGCACUUUGGUGGCACCCAGUUUUUCCAGGAUGUUGUGUUGUCCAUUGAUGCAAUCCUACCGUUGAAUUGAGCUCUGUAGGCUGACCUUGCUGAGUACACACCCUGGGCGGUCCAUUUCCAUGUGAUCUGAUCUUCCCUGUCCUAGUCCAAUGUGAUAUCUGCACUCCAGAGUUGUUCUGUAAUGCUGAAAAAUUCUUCUAUAGA